GACGUUGAGCCUUGAGUUCAUCAAAAUUCGAAAAGCUCCAGAAACAAAGACUUCGUGGACAAAACCCCUGAGACCAGAGGCCCGCCGCCCUCUGACGGCAAAGAAAACAGAGACUCGCUCCAGGAUGACAGAGGCCAGCACGGAAAUCACAGUCCCGACAGAGAACUUUGACGUGACGACAGAAUAUGACUAUGAGGGCAUAACCCCGUGCCAGAAGGGGGAGGAGAGGGCCUUCGGGGCCCAGCUGCUGCCCCCCUUGUACUCGCUGGUGUUCGUCGUCGGCCUGGUGGGCAACAUCCUGGUGCUCUUGGUCCUGAUGCAGUACAAGAGGCUCAAGAGUAUGACCAGCAUCUACCUCCUCAACCUGGCCAUCUCUGACCUGCUUUUCCUCUUCACGCUGCCCUUCUGGAUUGACUACAAGCUGAAGGAUGACUGGAUUUUCAGCGACGGCACCUGCAAGCUGCUCUCGGGGCUUUAUUACAUAGGCUUGUACAGCGAGAUCUUUUUCAUCAUCCUGCUGACGGUGGACAGGUACCUGGCCAUCGUGCACGCCGUGUUCGCCCUGCGGGUUCGCACCGUCCUCUUCGGCGUCCUCAGCAGCGCCGCGGCCUGGAGCCUGGCCGUCUCGGCCUCCGUCCCGGGCUUCUACUUUUCCAAGACCCAGCGGGAGUUCUCCCAUAUCACCUGCAGCCUCCACUUCCCUCACGAAAACCUAAAAGCCUGGAAACGGUUCCAGGCUCUGAAGCUGAACACGUUGGGGCUGGUGUUGCCUCUGCUGGUCAUGAUCGUCUGCUACACCGAGAUCGUAAGGAUUCUGCUCAGGCGACCCAACGAGAAGAAGGCCAAAGCCGUCCGCCUGAUUUUCGUCAUCAUGAUCGUCUUCUUUCUCUUCUGGACCCCUUACAACCUGGCCAUGCUGGUCUCUGCUUUCCAAGACACCCUUUUCACCGACGAGUGUCGGCAGAGCAAACAGCUGGACGUGGCCAUGCAGGUGACGGAGGUGAUCGCCUACACGCACUGCUGCGUCAACCCCGUCAUCUACGCCUUCGUGGGAGAGAGGUUCCGCAGGUACCUGCGCCAGCUGUUCCACGGGGUCCUGGCCACGCGCCUGGCCAAAUGGCUCCCCUUCCUCUCCGCGGAGAGGCUGGAGAGGACCAGCUCAAUGUCGCCCUCCACGGCGGAGCAAGAACUCUCUGCGGGGUUCUGACUCGGGCCCCUGGGGGCCGAUGCGGGACCCAGCCGGGGUGACCUGCCAGGCGCGCCGACCCGAGCGGAGGCAGGUUGGGUCUCGUGGCCAGAUCCGGACACGUGACCACCACGGAACGUGCAGCCACGUGGGGGUGAGCGAGUUUAAAGGCGGUGCGGGCUGAGUUCCCUCCGGGCCUUGAACCUUCUCCAAGAACUUCUCCCUGGUGGGAAGGAGACGAAUGAGCCAAAUGGGACAUUCCAGAAGACCGGGACCGAGUUUACCUGUGAAGGCCUUGGGCCCAGACAGGAUUUCAGAUUCGUGAGCAUUAGCAUUUGUAAACAGAGCCCCUUGACCCCAGGCAGCCCCUGCCCCAGCUCCCACCACCAGUGAACUUGGAAGCAGUGAUUUCCGCUGCUGACUUCGCUCCCAGUGGGGAGCCAAUCAGCAGCCAGCAGCCCCUCCCCACCUUCCCCUCCCCUCCCCUCCCCUCCCCUCCUGACCGCUGCAGGGCUUAGGUGCUUGGAAACCCUGAGGAACAGAGAACUCAGGGUGGGACAGCCAGAGCCCUGGCGGGGAAAUAGGAUUGGGGAACUGCUGUGGGCAGUAGAACUGAGAUCUCUGCCCCUCCCCUGCUCAGGCUCUGUCUCUCAA